AUUUUUAAAUAUUACAAUUCCUUGACAUUUUAAUUUUAAUUUUAAUGUCAAGGAAUAGACACCUCCUUGAACCUUGACAGCUACCUUCAUUCCUUGACAAUCAAGGUGAAACCUUGACGUUUGGUCACUGUACUCACCACCCGUACCCUUACCAUGAAGUGCAUACCACUGAUCAUAGGUAUGAUAGUAUGCGCGCCCAUUGCGGUCAAUGGUGAUGGUGACCAAUUCCUCUGCUUUCACACUUUUAUUAAAAACAUCCGGAUGUGUGAAAGCACUUUCAUCCGAGAUCUCCGAUACCCGAAAUACAAGCCCAUGGAGUCCUACCAGAGUCGUAACUAUUGCUGUGCAUUCAGACACUUAAAGGACUGUAUCGCUAAACACGUGGGCGACAAAUGCGGUGACACUCAGAUGAGACAAUUGGUCGACAUUUACAUUCAGGACGAAAAGAGAGACAAGAAGAUAGCGACCACACCGGGCGACUGCGAUGACUACCAGGGCUUUCGGGGCGCCGUAUUGUGCCAGCAGGGUUGGCUGUUGAUUGCGGAGGUGAUUGGUUUGGGGAUCAUAUUCCUGGUGUUUGUCUCAGCGGUGGUCAUAAAACUGUGGCAAUUAAGGGAGUACUGCAGAGGACAGGCAUUGCUUUCGAGUCAUUUCAGUCACCACUUCUUACAUACAUAUCACCACAACGUGAUCACCAAAACAGUCUUCACCACCCGUACCCUUACCAUGAAGUGCUCAUCACUGAGCAUAACAUUGAUAAUAUCAGUGGCAAUGUCUGUAGUGGUGACUGCCAUCUACUUAAACGACUUGCACAAACAGGUCUCCUCCACCAACUGCACCGUCAUGUCUGGAACCAAACUCCUGAAAUGUGGCGGCAAUUUCAUCCGCGAGCUCCAGGAGCUCGGGUUGUAUAAAGCCCGGGGCGACUGUUGCGCCAUCAAUCACCUCAAGACCUGUAUCGUAGACAACGUCGACAACUGCGGCGAUCGUAAGGACGAAGUGGUCGACCAAUUGGUCUCAUCAGUGGUCGAUACAGUCAAAGACAUAUCCGUCUCAUCCGGUGAUUGCGAUCUAUUCACGGGAUAUGUGGGCACUGUUUUGUGUCAGCCAGAUUGGCUGUUGAUUGUGAAGGCGAUCGUAUAUCUGGUGAUUGCCUCAGCGGUGGUCGCAUUUCACCAUUUCCUACAUACAUAUCAGCACAACGUGAUCACCAAAACAGUCUUCACCACCCGUACCCUUACCAUGAAGUGCUCACCACUGAUCAUAGCUAUGAUAAUAUGCGCGCUCAUUGGGGUCAACGGGUUGUUUGAUAACUAUGACUUGGAUCUCAUGGAGGUGUUCAAGGGGGCGGUGACCAAAGUCCGAUGCGCUACCACUUCUAUGACAUACAUCCGGAUGUGUGGCAACACUUUCAUCCAUGAGAUCCGACACUCGGAAUACCGGACUCGUGGCUAUUGCUGUGCAUUAAAACACCUGAAGGACUGUAUCGUUGAACACGUGGGCGACAAAUGCGGUGAUACUGAGAUGAGACAACUGGCCGACCAUUUCUUUAAGAGGGCCAAAACGAUAGCGACCCCAUCGGGUCAUUGCGGUGACUACCGGGGCGUUGGGGGUGCCGUACUGUGUCAGCCGGAUUGGCUGUUGAUUGCGGAGGCGAUUGGUUUGGGGAUCGUAUUCCUGGCAAUUGUCUCAGCGAUGGUCAUAGUGUGUUGGGUAUCACGUGAUAGCUUCAGAUGGUAUCUCCAGCAGUGGUGCAGAAUCUGA